UGUGUGGUCAGAAGCUAACAAAGAUCGUGUGGUCAGAACAGAAGCUAAGAAAGAUUGUGUAGUCAGAAGGCAACAAAGAUCGUGUUGUCAGAACAGAAGCUAAGAAAGAUUGUGUGGUCAGAAGUCAACAAAGAUCAUGUGGAACUAUUGGACAUCAACUUUUCUCGCAACUUUCAUCAUCGUUGCCUUGGUCAGCGUGUCCAAAAGUGUGUUCCCGUACUUGGCGGCGGACUGUUGGUACUGCGUGGAGCUGCUGAAGCUCGUGUGGAGGUUCGUGAGGAGAAGAAGAAGAAAACCUUUGUUCUUCGUGCUGGAUCGUUUCUUGGAGCAGCGCCACAAACAUCCUCACAAAGUCUUCCUGCGCUUCCAACAUGAAACUUUCACCUACUCGGCGGCGGACCACAGGAGCAACAAGAUCGCCAACGCGCUGCGGGCUCACUCCCGGUACACUUCCGGUGACACGGUGGCUCUUUUCAUGGCCAACGAGCCCGACUUCCUGUUCACCUGGCUGGCCUUGGCCAAGCUGGGCUCACCUGUAGCGCUGCUCAACCACAACAUCCGCAGCAAGUCUCUGCUGCACUGCUUCAACUGCUGCUCGGCCACCGUACUUAUAGCAGCUGCAGAGCUGCAAGACGCAGUGGAAGAAGUUCUCGCAACACUUCAGGAGCAAGGUGUGCUCGUGCUGCUGAUGAUGCAACACUGUGACACACCUGGACUGGAGAACUUCUCUGAUCAGGUGGAGCGAGCAUCAGACUCUCCUCUUCCUCGCUCGCUCAGAUCCAACAUCACCUUCAAAAGUCCUGCUGUGUACAUCUACACAUCUGGAACUACAGGUCUGCCUAAAGCAGCGAUGGUCAAUCAGAAUCGUCUCCUCAAGGCGUUGGCGGUCUUAUCAUCAAACGGCGUUGUGUCGGAUGAUGUCAUCUACUUGAACUUACCUUUGUACCACACAGCUGGAUUCAUCAUCGGCUUCAUUGGCUCCAUUGACACGGGAUCUACAAUCGUCCUGAAGAGGAAGUUUUCAUCCUCUCACUUCUGGGACGACUGCAGGAAGUACAACGUGACUGUGAUGCAGUACAUAGGGGAGGUCAUGCGCUACCUGUGUAACACACCUCAGAGAGAAGACGACCGGCAGCACAAAGUCCGUCUCGCUAUUGGGAAUGGCGUCCGAGCAGAAAUAUGGCGAGAAUUUCUCAAGCGCUUUGGAGAUAUUCACAUCAAAGAGUUCUACGCUUCCACCGAGGGGAACAUCGGCUUCAUCAACUACGCCGGCAAGAUAGGAGCCAUUGGGAGGGUUCACUUUCUGCACAGGAUGUUGUUUCCUUACAGUCUCAUAAGGUUCCACCCUGAGAAGGAGGAACCCUUGAGAGGUUCUGAUGGUCUCUGCAUUCUAGCACCCAGAGGGGAGACGGGACUGCUGGUGUCCAAGAUCACAAACACGUCUCCUUUCGUGGGCUACGUGCACAACCAAGAACAGACGGAGAAAAAGAAAGUGCACAAUGUUUUGAAGAAAGGCGACGUUUACUUCAACAGUGGAGACCUCAUGAUGAUCGACCAAGAACACUUCAUCUACUUUCAAGACCGUGUUGGUGACACCUUCAGGUGGAAAGGUGAAAAUGUUGCAACAACAGAAGUUUCUGACAUUCUGACACUUUGUGAUUGUCUCAAAGAAGCAAACGUUUAUGGAGUUCAAGUACCAGGACAUGAAGGACGUAUAGGAAUGGCUUGUGUCACGGUGAAGAAAGAUAGACAAUUUGCUGGAAGUGAAGUUUAUAACCAUGUGGUGAAUCAUCUACCAGCCUACGCUCGGCCACGCUUUUUGAGAAUUAAGGAGGAGGUGGAGGUGACGGGGACCUUCAAGCAGGUGAAGGUGCAGCUGGUGGAGCAGAACUAUGAUCCAAGUCGUGUCUCUGAUCCAUUGUUCAUCCUGGAUGACAAGCACAAGAGUUUUGUUCCUCUCACUCAUCACGUCUACACCGCCAUCAUAUCAGGACUUAUCAAACUAUAAACAAUAACAAACAUGUCAA